CUCCCUUGUAGAAUUUACCUUCUAAUCUGUCAAUCCAACAUCAUUCUCAUUUGGCUCUUUUAAGAAAAACAAUCGUAUUUGUCCAACAUGGUUCAAAUCAAGGCAGCUGCACUGGCGAUGCUUUUCGCUAGCCAUGUGCUUUCUGAACCUAUUGAACCCCGUCAGGCUUCAGUGAGCAUCGACACCAAGUUCAAGGCUCACGGAAAGAAGUACCUGGGAAACAUCGGGGAUCAGUAUACCUUGACCAAGAACUCGAAGACUCCGGCAAUUAUCAAGGCCGAUUUUGGCGCGUUGACCCCAGAGAAUAGCAUGAAGUGGGAUGCAACUGAGCCCAGCCGUGGACAGUUCUCUUUCUCGGGAUCGGAUUACCUGGUCAACUUUGCCCAGUCUAACAACAAGUUGAUCCGUGGACAUACGCUGGUGUGGCACUCUCAGCUCCCCUCUUGGGUUCAAGCCAUCACGGACAAGAAUACCCUCAUCGAGGUCAUGAAAAAUCACAUCACCACGGUGAUGCAACACUAUAAGGGCAAGAUCUACGCCUGGGACGUUGUGAACGAAAUCUUCAACGAAGACGGCUCCCUCCGCGACAGCGUGUUCUACAAAGUCAUCGGCGAGGACUACGUCCGGAUUGCCUUCGAGACUGCUCGGGCUGCGGAUCCCAACGCAAAGCUCUACAUCAACGAUUACAACCUGGACUCCGCUUCCUAUCCUAAAUUGACUGGCAUGGUCAGCCAUGUCAAGAAGUGGAUCGAAGCCGGUAUUCCCAUCGAUGGAAUCGGCUCCCAAACCCACUUGAGCGCUGGUGGAGGUGCUGGAAUUUCUGGAGCUCUUAAUGCUCUCGCAGGUGCGGGCACCAAGGAGAUUGCGGUCACCGAGCUCGACAUCGCUGGCGCCAGCUCAACCGACUACGUGGAGGUCGUCGAAGCCUGCCUCGACCAGCCCAAGUGUAUCGGUAUCACCGUGUGGGGAGUUGCUGACCCGGACUCCUGGCGCUCCAGCUCCACUCCUCUGCUGUUUGACAGCAACUAUAACCCGAAGCCUGCAUACACUGCUAUCGCAAAUGCUCUCUAGAUUCGGCAACCACUCUGAUCGAAUUGCCGGGAAGAUAUAGCCUUCCGAGCUAGGGACGCUCUGUUUUGCCCGAAGGGAAUUGUCUGCCGUUCCUCCGACAAUGUUCUUCUGUACUCCUUUCACAUGUAUCCAAUACAAUCGUUCUUUUU